AUGGCAGAAGGCGUUUAUCACUAUCACCUAGUGUGUACGUGUGCUGACGGGGCGCUAGAGUGCAAGGACAGCGACGGAAUGUGCGCAUGCGUCGGGCCCGAGAUGGUUUGCAAUGGGUAUGAGGAUUGUCCCAAUGGAGAGGACGAACUGCGGUGCCAAGACAUUCAUAGUUGUCCGGGUUACAAGUGCGCGAGUGGGCAGUGCCUUAUCAGAAAGGACGCAGAGUGCGACAAUGUACAAGACUGCGAUGACUACAGUGACGAGAUCGGAUGCGGACUCACCCACUUCAAGCCGGACUGCAGUGCCCCUGACCAGUUCACUUGUGCGGAUGGUAACUACUGCAUAUCCGUAUCGUGGCUUUGUGACCGUGACUUCGAUUGCCAUGACCGAUCUGAUGAGGCUAACUGCUCUUCUGUACACACAUGUGGUCCUUCUUACCAUCGCUGCGGAGACGGUCACUGUAUCUUCAUCACGUGGGUUUGUGACUCGGAACCAGACUGUGCCGAUGGUUCAGACGAACUGAUAUGCGCCCAUGCAGGUGACCACACGUGUCGGUCCGACCAGAUCACAUGUGCCGUGGACGGUCGCUGUGUUAUGAAACACUACGCAUGCGACGGCAAGAACGACUGCGGCGAUUGGUCCGACGAACGGGACUGCAACAGCUCGUCUUGCAACCCGAAUGAUUUCAGGUGUCGAGGAGGAGCCUGCAUCGACUUCCACUGGGUGUGUGACGGGUCUGAGGACUGCGACGGAGGCGAGGACGAGGAUAACUGCCCUGAUCCUGCCGAUGACCUCGGACCUUUCAUUACGAGCCAAGAAUGCCCCGAAGGCCACCUCUACUGCCCUCCCAGAUGCGUCUCCCCGGAGUGGCAGUGCGACGGCCACAACGACUGCCCCAACGGAGAGGACGAGACCCACUGCGAAAUCACUUGCGCCACGGAGGAAUUCACGUGUUCAUCCGCCAUGUGUAUUCCCUGGAGCCACGUGUGCGACGGACACCAGCAGUGUUUACAUGGCGAUGACGAAUUCAAGUGCCAGACCAUCGAGUGCAAGGACCAAGGGUGCUCCCACGCCUGCCACUUCGGCGGAGAAACGUGCCUGUGUCAGCCCGGCUUCACGAUCGCCGAGGACAACGUCACGUGAGUGCCACUUGGUCGUCAGUUUUAUCCUUUUAGUCUCUGUGUCUCUGUAUCUCCUCUCUCUCUCUCUCUCUCUCUCUCUCUCUCUCUCUC